UGUGUUAAAUAAUAUUUUAAUUGGAAUUGCACUUAAUUAUUUUUUAUUAAAAUGUUUAAGUGAAAAUAAUCAUUAGAUAUGUCUGUGAAUAAUUGGAAAAAGGUGGAAAAUGAGGCGGGAUAUCCGUGUUACAUCGACGAGGCGGCAGGGAAGCAACAAUAUGAUCAUCCCGAAUUUAGAAAGAUAAUGGAAUCUCUUCAGGAGUAUGAUGGGAUCAAGCAGGGCACCUAUCGAGUCGCUUUUAAAAUUUACUCCCUACAAAAACACCUGAGAGUACCACCACUUCGAAUAAGUUCAGGAGUAUUCGCAAGACACCGUCUCAGUUUAUCGGAAAGCAGCUUGUCUCUGGACACAGUAGAGUUGGAGUCUGUUCUUGCUGACAUUUACUUUGCUGCUGAGAAAGAAGGUUUGUUUACUGGAGACAUAGACCUCGCUGUGGACUUGCUGAUCAACCUGUUGCUUAAUAUUUAUGAUAGUGAAAGAAAAGAACCAAUCAGAGUGCUAGCAGCGAAGACACUCCUCAUAAUCUUAAGUGAGGAAUCAGCUGCUGACAAAUGGUCAUCAUUAGCCAACUGCUGUAUGGACCACAAUGGCUGUGUGUCUCCCAAAAGACUGGCCGCCCUGUUGGCCCAGGUGACCGCACUGUCUGCAUACCUUGGGGUGAUCAGUGACCAUGCUGAGGCUGAUGUUGAGGCUUGUUUUGGUAAGAGUGCUGGCAUGCUGGGCGCCCACGCGCGAGCGGUGGCGGAGUGGGGCGUGCAGCACUGCAGCAGCGCGCGCUGGCUGCCGCUCGUGCAGCGCGUGGUCGCCAGCAGGAACAGUGCUGACGUCACCGCCUGCUGUGCCCUGUGUGUGCAGCCCCUCAUACAGGUGCUGAAAUUCAAAUGUGCAAAAUGCAGUGAUGUGUACUUCUGUGAGAAAUGUUACUUGUAUGACAAAAACUUGACGAAUGUUAGCGGACACAAGAAGACUCACUUGAUAUAUGAGAUCAUGGAAGGACAACCAAAAUCAUCAGAAUACAUGAACUUCUUAAAGGGCAUGAGACGUCUAUUCUUCUGCACUAAAACCAAGAAGAAAGGGCCAGGGUCUAAGAAGGGCUCUAAGAAGAGUAUAGAUAGGCCAGAAGGAUCUGAACGACGUAGGAAUGGACCUGUCAUAUUUACUUCCACCGUUGGCAAGGCUUCCGGCAAUAAUGCGAGUAAUCCUGCUGUGAUGUUGCAGGAUAUUAUCACGCAGUUGGAAACACAGCAAAAAUCCCUACAAGAGGUAUCAAACCGGAUUCAGAAAGUGUACGGACCGAUAGACAACGAUAUGAAAAAGGAGGUGGAAAAUAACGACCUUCUAACAAAGUUAGAAGCGCACUGGACUCAUGUAACGACACAAAUUAAUCGACUGAAGAUUUUAAAGGAAAAUCUAUCAUCAAGUCAGCCAACAAUACCAUCAGAGAAUCCUUCAAAAUCCGAUAAGACCGAUCGACCACAGGCUUUCGACUUAUUCAGUCCAAUACCUGUCUUAGAAACAGAAAAACAGUCAAAAGUUACUGAUGUUAAGAACCCACCCAGGGUACUGAGUUUGGACUCUGGAAACUUUUCCGCAGUGUCCAAGAGAGAUAGUCAGAAUCUAUUGACCAUGUCCGGAGAUGCGUUGAAACCUGUGGUCGUACAUGCGACCUCUGAUAGCAUAUCUACUGUGUCUAUGAAUGAUAUUAGUAGCUGGCAUAAUGAAACAGACACAGCGUCAUCAAGGCGGGGUCGUACAUCCCUUCGUCACGAGAACUCUACGAUCCGUUCACUGGCGGCCGCUGAACGGAAAUUCGCGGCCGAUAUACGCUGCGUCGAACACUCUAACGAUAAGAUGAGGGAACUCAAUGCUGACCUGGAUACCGUGCUUGACAGGCUGCAGCAGAUAUUGACCAAUAACUUUGCUAUGGACGAUUCAUGUUUCGACAACACGCAACUGCGUGAGACUGCGACCGAAAUGGAAGGAUUACUCGGCACCUUAAUACGCGGAGUCGAACAGCGGGCCACACUCAACGCUACUAAAGGAUUAGUAUAAAAUACUCAACUAUCAACACUUAUCUAUAAAUAUAAUCGGGCUUAUGUAUAAUCAGAAUUAUUUCUAAAAAGCUGAGGCUAGAUGACUAACUUUCUGCGUUACUCAAAGUUAGCCGCCAAAAAGUACGUCUAACGAAAAUUCUGCGGCUCAUUUUGAGUAACUUGAAUUAUUUUUCUCUUCAAAUAUCCAGUGAUUGUAAAUUACUAAAAAUAAAAUCGUGUUCAUAUGUGAAAAUAUUUAUAGAUGAGAUUUACGCACUGUUUUUUUUUGUUUGAUUUGCACUGAUUUGGUUUUGCUCAUCUCAAGACUGGUUACGUCAAUAACUUGAAUUGACGUGUUGAUAAAGGAACGUUAACUUUGUCGGCUUGUCAUAAAGUCGAAAAUAAAAAGUUAACACGGGCUUGCGUAAAAAACAAGUACCUAAGGAUGUUCUCUAAUUUGACGAGAUAUACGGCCAAGUACUGAAACGCCACUCAAUUUUUGAGGACUGCUUAAAUAUCAUGUUGUAUUGUAAGUUGCGACAGAAAUACUAUUAGUAGAACUUAAAGUUAAGUGACUUUGAGUAUUUUGCUAGUAAGUUUAGUAAAUUGACUGGUGGGAAAGUUCUCAAAAUAAUUUGUUCUAUAUGACGAGUUUUUAGAAUAAACUUUUUAAAUGGAGUACUUAAUUCAUAUUGUGCUAUUUCAAGAAUGCGGGCCAUAUGAGAACUAGUUUUUUUUAUAUAAAUAACAUCGAAAAUUACCUGCUUGUGACUACAAAAUUGGUUGUGAACAUUUAUUAAUGCUUUAAGACUAACAAAAUAAUUAUAUAAUUCUUAUGAAUCUCUUACACGAAUCUCUGUAAUGUUUUAAUUUAUAUUGUUUUUGUGUUUUAUGACUGAACUUUUUGUUUUGUGUCUGUGUUUAUAUUUUAGAUAUUGAUACUUGCAUCUUUCUUCACUUACUGAUUUCUUUUGACUUGUUUUGACAUUUGUAUAACCAGAAAUAAAAAUUAAUGGCCUUACUACAAAAACUUUAACCACUGUUUUACACUUGUCUAAAAAAAAUGUGGCUCCAAAAUGAACCAUAUGUCAACGUCAUAAUUUGACAUUUUUUUGACAAGUCUUAAACUGACGUUAAAAAGUUUUUGUGGUAAGACGGUAAGUUUUUUACCUUGACAGGCAUAGAUAAUGUACUUAAGCUUAAAUUGUGAAAAAAUCCAGAUAGUAUUUAAUAGCUCCUUCAAAAAUCUUUGGAUAGCAUGUAGGUAUAAUAUUUUGUAUAAUUUUAAGAAAACUUUGCCGUCCCUCCUAAUUUGGUGCUCAAUUUAAUAACGUUAAGAUCUGAUAAUACAAUAAAACAUACAUUUAGAGAAGUAACAUGCCAUAUAUUUUAUAUAAAAAAUUUACAUACAUUUUUCGUGUUUAUUAAAUAGAAAAAAUAAUAAUAUUGUCAUAUAAAUUAAACAUAUUGUUAAAACUACUCUAGGUUUUAAGUAAUAAUAAAUUGCUACAUUUCAUUUGUGCGUUUAACAGGUAAAUAAAAAAUAUAUUAAUAAAAUAGAGCAAUCUAUUUUUAAUUCACAUUAUCAGUAAGCGUAUCACCGUCUUAGGAAAAAAACUGGAAUUAUCAAGACCAGGCCAAACCCUGUAAAAAUAGAAGAAAAGCCUUUGAAAGUUGCAGGACCAAUGGCUCAAAGAAUCAAUUCCAAAAUAUUUUUUUUUUUCAUGCUACUGGUUCCAUGUAUUGGUCUUGACAAUCCUGUUUAUAAUAGUUAGGAAGAAAAAGUAAGAGCCACAAGCAAGUGAAAUAAAAAAGUAACAUUAUAGUUCGUAAGUGAAAACUGUAAAACGACGAUGACAUUAAAUCUGCCACAGCAGAUAACAUGUAUCUCAAAAACGCUCAAUCUUUAUACAAAAUUAAUAUAAAAAUAUAUU